AUGGUGAAAGAGCUGUCGAACAAUAACAAUGAGCUUUUCGAGAUUUGCCGUAAGAAUGACCUCGAGAAGUUGCAGUAUUGGUUGACGCUAAAAAGGAGUAAACGGCCGAGGACACCGCUGAAUUUCCUUCGAUCAACCACCCCGAACUCAGCAUGGCUCGCAGCGAUCCGCGAUCCCAACUCUCAAUACACCGUUCUGCACACCGUCGCUUUACACGGCUAUGAGGCUGUCUGCCAAACUCUCAUCGAAAGCGACGUGCAGCUUUGCUCAGCCAAAGAUAAACGCGGUUGUUUACCGCUUCAUUUGGCCGCCUGGAAUGGCCAUCUUGGAAUUGUGAAACUCCUCUGCGAGGCAGCCCGUUCGACAAUCGAUUCUCCGAACAAUGCCCAAGAAACAGCGAUGCAUCUAGCUGCUCAACACGGCCACUCUAGGAUUGUGCAAAUGUUGAUCGAUUACGGAGCUGACGCUAGCGUUCGAAAUGCUCGUUGUGAGACCCCGUUGGACAUUGCGGCCAGGACAGGGCACGCGUCGGUGGUGAAAAUACUCGUCACCCUGUGCCCGGAUCUAGCGCUACAGUCAGCCGUCGAGUGCGCCUCAACAGCUGAAAAUGGUCGCUCAGCCCCGAUGGUUGUUUAUCCAAUUCACGCAGCUGCAAGGCAUUCACAUAUUCAAUGUCUACAAAUGCUCAGAUUUGCUGGCUUUGAUCUUAACUAUGUGACUGAUGAGGGAAGCGCCCUUCACGUGGCUGCAAUGUUCGGACAAAUCGAGGCCGUCAAGUAUUUGAUCGAAGAAGGCAUCAAUCCGCACAUCAAAGAUUCGCGUGGUCGAUCGGUGUUGGAGAUGCUGGACGAGCACGAGAAUCAGCGAGCCUCCGAUCUCACGCAAGUCAUUCAGAGUCGAGACGGGUGGCGACAUUGUCGACGAUUGAUACAGACCUACAUUCAAAAAUGUGGUCAUUUGAACUCGUCAAGCGACAGUGGAAUCGAUCGUCCUGACGCUGAUCGUUCGCCAAAAGAAGUUAUUUGGAGACCCUUGCCCAGCACGAGUAGAGCCGCCAAUGACGCAACGCGAUCAAAUAAAUCAGCGUCACCAUCCUCAAAUUUUCGUCCGCCAUCGAUUCGAGCUGAAUUGAUCGAUCUCGAUCAAAUUGAAGACCCAAAUAGCACAAUAUCGAUAUCGACAAAGGAUGAUCAAGAUUCUAUAAGUCAAAUCUCACCCUGUUCCACCAAUUAUUCAACGGGCUCAAGAUGGAGCUCGAGGAUGAGCGAUGGGAGAACGCCAAGAUUUCCCCUCACUUCGCCGAACACAAAAUCUCGUCACUCGAGCGUAAAACGCUUCCCGGAGACGAUGCCCGCAUCGAUGAGCAUCGCCAGGACAAACACUUUACCGACAAGGGCUUCGAUUUUGCCAGUGUCAAAUGGUGCUAGCUGCGUUUACAAGCCGCCGCCUGGUGUCGAGCCGAAACGAGUGCUGCAAAGUGAUGGCACAUCGCACACUUAUAAUCCUGGAUUCUCGUAUGAUAAUGUACCGUCGAAUAGGCAAUGGGUUCAUGACUGUAAUGACCCGCGAGAGUUGGGCCUUCCACCGGCAAUCCGCGCGAUUCCCACGAGAUCCGACGGAACGCAGACACUCCCAGCACCGAGAAACCGAAAUCGACCAAAUGUUCUCCAAACGUUUUCCUCGAUUCAAGAAGAUCCAAUAGCUCCAGUGAGCUUUACGGAUCGUCCACUUCACGAGACUUCUCCGAGCUACGGUCGAUCAGUCACCCAAUUGAAUGGCACUUUGGAGAAAAAUCGCGAGGGAUCGAUCACGUCAAAUGGAAGUGUCGAGAGGAAAAUUGGUCCAGUCACCAAGCCGCCAGCUGUGCCGAAAAUCGUGGCUCGUUGGUCUCGGAACCUUGAUCGAGAGGAUUCUCUGGGCUUGGGUAACGUUUUGGACACAAGAGAGCCAUCAGUCUUCACAUUUGCUUGUUCGACACUUGGAAGACAAUCAAACUCCCCUCCAUCUGUUUCAUAUUCUGAUGGCAGAGCUCCUCUGGCAAUUCCCGAAGAAUUGACCCGUUCCACAUCCACAUCGAUCAUGUCAAAUAGCAUGUCACCUGAAAGAACAAUCAAUUCUUCAGAGAAGAGAAUCUCUAACACCGAGCAAAGCUCUGUGAGGACCGAGAGAAGUGUCGAGACAAUCCACGAUCCGAAACGGGAUCACUCCCUUUCGGAUACAAUUCGUCUCUCUUUCCCCCUCGAUUCCCAUCCUCAAUCCGAUCCUCCAUCACCGCAAACCAGUCAAUCACAAAUCUUCGAUGCACUUUGUGGAUCGGAAAGCUUCCGCGGGACGAGACGCAUUCCAUCGACCACCUCGAUGGGAAGUGAGAGCACGGCCGCAUCGACUUGCUCGCUGCCAUUGAUCAGCCAAAUCUCCACCACUCCACCGUCAUCGAGUAGCCCGCAAAAGGAGCCGUCGACGAAACAGAUUAGCACCGACACAAGCAGCUCGAUUGAGGUUAAAAUGAGAGGGAUCUCGUUGAAAGGAAUGAAUGGAUUAAACGGAAAUGAAACGGCUAGAUCAUUGAAUGAAACAGCUGAAUGGAAUAAGAUCAACGCGAUUCUCGGCUCAUUCGGCGGUGCUGUUUGUCGGGAGUCCGUGUUCGCCUCUCGUUACGAGCCCCAAGUGGCCGUUUUCCUUCGCGAUCGUCACUCUCGUGCUCUGACCAUCCAGAAGAAGCUCUGCUCCCCCUUUGAAGUCUCUCCUUCUCCGAUCCCAUCCUCCUCUUCUUCUCCUUCAAAUCCCUCUCGUCGUCUCUCCACCCCUCCUCGCACCUCUCAAUCACCGCAACCGAAGCCAUUGAGCGUUCCUGAUUGGUUAAACAUCGUUGUCGGUGUGCCACAGCCAAGAGCAAUCGAUGCGGGCAAAGUUCUCGUUGAUCGCGGCUUUGACAAGAGCAGCCAAAUGAAAAUCUCCCUCAACCGUGCACUCCUUCACGAGAUCGGCAUCGACAAAGUGACUCAAGGCGAGCUUCUCAACUAUUUGGAGACCAUCGACUUCGAGACAACUUCUGCAAAUUCAUUCAACUAUAUCUCCGACUGGUUGUGCUCUCUCGAAUUGACCGAUUAUUUGGGAAAUUUUCUUUCAAACGGCUUCAAAUCGAUGCUCAUCGUGCGCGCGGCCGAGUUGAACACGAAAAAGUUGAAUGAAAUGGGUAUCACAAAGCCUGGGCAUAUCCAUCGAAUUCUCGGCUCUUUGGCUCGCGCUCGCGACGAAGAGAAAAGGGAUACAAUGGAGAGGAAAGAGAAAUUGAAGAAACAGAUUGCUCUUGAGAAAAUGAGCUCUCCAAUUCCUCCACCGGGCGAUCAAAUCGAUUAUUCUCAAACGGCUACUUUCAGCGCUCAUUACUUGGGAAGUGUCGAGAUCUCGAAUAUUGAUGGAACUGAGGAAAGUCGACGAGCUAUGAAUAAAUUAAAGCGUCAAAUCCGAGAGAUCGCCAAGGUCCCACAGGUUCAUUUGGAGAUUUCAGUGGAUGGAGUGAAUGUGCAUGAUGCGACGACAAAACGAACGAUGACCUCUCAUCCGAUCAGUCAAAUUCAAAUCGUUUGCCAGGAUGAGCGAGAUCUCAACUGUUUUGCCUACAUUACCCAGGAUAUCGAUCGCAAUUUUGCGCAUGUGUUUUGCGUGUUGACAGCGGAUGUGGCCACGGAGAUCAUCAUGACAUUGGGCAGCGCUUUCGAGAUGGCCUACAAUCUCCAACGCACAAAACGGCGAUCACAAACAGAGCCCGAGAAUGGGCAAGGCUCUGUCGAAGAAAUCUCUGAUGUU